AUGGCUGUAUGGGCCAGAUCUGAGCUUCAUGGCUGUAUGUGGGCCACAGUCUGUGGGACACCCUCAUUACCUGCCCACAACUCCUCGCUCUGGUCUCACACACCUGUGGGACACCCUCAUAACCUGCCCACAACUCAGCUCUGGUCUCACACCUGUGGGACACCCUCAUACCUGCCCACAACUCCUCAGCUCUGGUCUCACACCUGUGGGACACCCUCACCUGCCCACAACUCCCCAGCUCUGGUCUCACACACCUGUGGGACACCCUCUCUGCCCACAACUCCUCAGCUCUGGUCUCACACACCUGUGGGCACCCUCAUUACCUGCCCACAACUCCUCAGCUCUGGUCUCACACACCUGUGGGACACCCUCAUACCUGCCCACAACUCCUCAGCUGUGGUCUCACACACCUGUGGGACACCCUCAUUACCUGCCCACAACUCCUCAGCUGUGGUCUCACACCACUGGGACACCUCAUUACCUGCCCACAACUCCUCAUCUGUCACACACCUGUGGGACACCCUCUACCUGCCCACAACUCCUCAGCUCUGGUCUCCACACCUGUGGGACACCCUCAUUCCUGCCCACAACUCCUGCUCUGGUCUCACACACCUGUGGGACAUCCUCAUGCCUGCCCACAACUCCUCAGCUCUGGUCUCACGCACCUGUGGGACACCCUCAUUACCUGCCCACAACUCCUCAGCUGUGGUCUCACGCACCUGUGGGACACCCUCAUUACCUGCCCACAACUCCUCAGCUGUGGUCUCACACACCUGUGGGACACCCUCAUUACCUGCCCACUCCUCAGCUGUGGUCUACACACCUGUGGGACACCCUCAUUACUGCCCACAACUCCUCAGCUCUGGUCUCACACACCUGUGGGACACCUCAUUACCUGCCCACAACUCCUCAGCUCUGGUCUCACACACCUGUGGGAACACCCUCAUCUGCCCCACAACUCCCUCAGCUCUGGUCUCACACACCUGUGGGACACCUCAUUACCUGCCCACAACUCCUCAGCUCUGGUCUCACACACCUGUGGGACACCCUCAUCUGCCCACAACUCUAGCUCUGGUCUCACCUGUGGGACACCCUCAUACCUGCCCACACCUCAGCUCUGGUCUCACACCUGGGGACACCCUCAUACCUGCCCACAACUCCUCAGCUCUGGUCUCACACACCUGUGGGACACCCUCAUUACCUGCCCACACUCCUCAGCUGUGGUCUCACACACCUGUGGGACACCCUCAUUCCUGCCCACAACUCCCUCAGCUGUGGUCUCACACACCUGUGGGACACCUCAUUCCUGCCCACAACUCCUCAGCUCUGGUCUCACACACCUGUGGGACACCCUCAUCUGCCCACAACUCUCAGCUCUGGUCUCACACACCUGUGGGACACCCUCGUACACAACUCCUCAGCUCUGGUCUCACACACCUGUGGGACACCCUAUUCUGCCCACAACUCCUCAGCUCUGGUCUCCACACACCUGUGGGGACACUCUCAUUACCUGCCCCAACUCCAGCUCUGGUCUCACACACCUGUGGGACACCCUCAUUACCUGCCCACAACUCCUCAGCUCUGGUCUCACGCACCUGUGGGACACCCUCAUUACCUGCCCACAACUCCUCAGCUCUGGUCUACACACCUGUGGACACCCUCAUUCCUGCCCACAACUCCUCAGCUGUGGUCUCACACACCUGUGGGACACCCUCAUACCUGCCCACAAACUCCUCAGCUCUGGUCUCCACACCUGUGGGACACCCUCAUUCACCCGCACAACUCCUCAGUCUGUGUGACGGUGGUGAAGUGUGGGCGUCACUCAUGAGGGAGGCCAUGUUGAGUGACGGUGGUGAAGUGUGGGCGUCACUCAUGAGGGAGUCCAUGUAG